AGAGGCUUCUCUUCCAUUAUGGCGGAACUUCUGCUUGACCCGGCCAUUCGUUUAUGGGUUAUUUUACCCAUUGUAAUCAUCACGUUUCUUGUUGGAAUAAUCAGACAUUAUCUUUCCAUGCUUUUACAGUCUAAAAAGGAAUUAGAUCUUUCACAAGUCUCAGAUAGUCAAGCUUUGAUGAGGAGCAGAAGUCUUAGAGAAAAUGCAAAAUAUAUUCCUAAAGAGGCUUUUGAGGCAAGGCGACAUUUUUUCAAUGAUGAAGAACAGGGCUAUUUUAAAACACAGGACAAAAAAGGACCAGUCAAAAAUCCUAUAUCAGGUUUGUCAUUUAGACAAAACAGUAAAAACAAACUAUACAACAGUAUUCCUGACCAUUCAAUUUUGUUUGUGACUUAUAUCUUAAACUGUUUAGUUUCUCUGACAUUACUUCCCUUACAUUCGCCUUUGCUUCACUUCACAGCUAAAGUUCCAUUCCCACUGACACUGCGUUUUAAAGCCAUGUUGCAGCGUGGAAUUGAUUUGACCACCUUGGAUGCAUCAUGGGUUAGUUCGGUGUCUUGGUAUUUUAUCAACGUGUUUGGUCUCAGGAGCAUGUAUGCACUUGUUCUGGGUCAAGAUAAUGCUGCAGACCAGACCCGUGUGAUGCAAGAACAGAUGCAGAUGCAAAUGCAGAUGCCACAAGAUCCAAGCAAGGCAUUCAAGGCAGAAUGGGAGGCUCUAGAGAUUGUCUCACACGAGUGGUCAUUAGAGAAUGUGGAGGAUGAAAUGAUGGAAGAGUAUUCACCCACAGACCUAACUGAGGAGAUUGCCAAAGAUAAAUAUGUUUAAAAUGGACAUUUGAUUUACUGAGAUCCUGGAAGACAUCUUGAAGGCUGUUAAGAAAACUUGGGCAGGCUCAAAUCUGUUGAGGUUGCAUGAGAGUUGAAGAGAGGGCAUGCAGGUUUCAGGCCAAAUGAACACAAGCGUUUGGACUCUUCUUUUUGUUCUCGUUAGUGCCCCAAACUUGCCAUGCAGUUUCCUGAAUGCAAAGCAGUAACAUCUUGUGGUUUUUUAACACAAAUUUAUCAACUAUUUUGAUUAAUAAUGGAGAAGGUUUCAAACAGGCUAUGUGGGUUUCCAGAAAAUAUGCAUACCUCUGUGUAUUUUUCUGGUCCUCCCUCCUUCCAAAUCCCUCCCUUUGGCUCUUGAAAGCCUCCUACCCCACAGAAUUUCUGCUGACCUUCUUUGGAGUGGAUAUAUUUUGCCUAACCACAAAUUUAAAAAAGUGAUGUUACUUGCAAAAAUUUGCGAUAUGUGUGCAAGCAUUUAUAUCUACAUAUAUUCAUGUUAGUUAAUUUGUUUUGUAUAAUUUUAACAGAGAAUGGCACCUUUCCAAAGAUGUGACCACUGCUAAUAGUAUACAGCACUUACUGCUUAUUUAGGCCUAGUUAAAACAUUGUUUUGAGACUCUGUUGCUUGCAAUAACUUUUUAUUGGUUAUAGGACUGUGUGCAAUUCAUGAAACCAUCAUGUAAAUAACAUCAAAAUCAGUUGAACUCAAAACACAAGGUUUAUUUGAAAUUAUUUUGAAAAAAAAAUCUAAAUUAGUUACUUGAAUACUUUCUCUGGUAAAACUGCAAUAGCCCACUUCCGAGUUGCCCGCAGCCCCUCUGGUGACGUAAGGCCAGGUGCACAACCAUUCUCAUUUUCAUUUAAAAGGAUGGGUACCAAGACCCACUUUGACAAAGAGGCUAAGGGUAAUUCAGAAAUGGGCUAUUUAAUAACAGGCAAACAGACAAACAAGUUCCAACAAGGCCUUGAAACAGGAAGGAACCCCCCUUACAAGUCGAGUUCCCCACCCCUGAAAUGUAUAACACAAAUUCCUGGUAACUAACUCUGGUAUCUAAAGGACAGUAUUGCUUUAUUGUCAUCAUCAUCAUCAUCAUCAUCAUCAUCAUCAUCAUCAUCAUCAUCAUCAUCAUCAUCAUCAUUCUUGUUGUUCAUUUCCGCUAUUUGAGAACUGGGCUGUAAUCUAUGCCAAGUUAGCCAAAAUAAAAGAAAUUCGUUUAA